ACGUCUUCCUUGGUUGUAAACAUUACGUGUAGAAGUUGCGCAACUUCCCCGUUGCCCUGAAUUGUCCUUACCCAUGAUGCACCGCGGUCGUUCUUAGUGGUAAAAAUGGCGGCGAGGGCACCAGUGGCGUCAGGCAGGCUCCUGGUUGGAUUCCGCAAAUGGUACUACAACAUGUGCGGCUUCAACAAGUUCGGUUUAUUGCGCGAUGACACAAUCUAUGAGGAUGACGAUGUGAAAGAAGCCCUGCGGAGGCUUCCGGAGACCCAAUACAACGACAGGAUGUUCAGGAUGAAGAGAGCGCUGGAUCUCUCCAUGAAGCAGCAGAUCCUCCCUAAAGACCAGUGGACGAAAUAUGAAGAGGAUGUCCAUUACCUGUCACCAUAUCUGGACGAGGUGAUCCGUGAGAGGCAAGAAAAAGCGGAGUGGAUGAAGAAAUAAAUGCUUCCUGCUCAAAGCUGUUAACCUUCCUCUUUGAUCGGUGCAUGAUUGUCCCCUGUUGUAGUAUUUAAAAUGAAAUGUGAUCUAUAUAAGACAGUGCUCAUUAAAGAAAUGUACAUUUUGGAA